AUGGUGGAGAGCUGUUCUCCUGGAAACACCACGGCCAUUGCAGCUGUGCCCACCCUCUCCAUGUGGCCCAAGCGUGACAACUUCCGAAGUGGUAUCUGUCUGCCCAGUUCCUGCCAGAGCAGAACAUGGCAACUGGUUACAUGCCAAGAAAACUGUCAGCCCUUCGGCAGUGCCCCGGGUGACUGUAAACCUGCUCCUUGCCAGCCUACCUGCCUUCCAGAAACUUCUUGUGUGGGUUUUGUUUGCCAGCCCAUUUGCUCCUGCACAGCCUGCUAUGAAUCCAGCACUGGUCAGUCUCCUUGCGAGGUUAGCCCACGCCAGGCCCUCUGCCCGGAACCCACCGGUGGUCAGGAGAAGGGCUGUGAUGCCAGCCCCGGUCAACAGAGCUCCUGCCAGGAACCUGCCUUCGUGUCCGGAUCGCAUCAGGAAGCUGGUGGCCAACCAGUCCGCUGUGACGCUAGGUCCUGCCAGCCAUCCUCUUCUGCGGGGACUUCCUGUCCUGAGACAUCUUACCCACCCACCGGCUGUGCCGCCAGUCCAUGCCAGCCAAUCUGCUGCCAAGUGGGUUCAUGUCACCCCGUUUGUGGUGAAGAUCAGCUCUGCAAAACAAUUUAUUACCAGCCCAUCUGCUACAUUUUCAAGACUUGCCAGUCAGUUCCCUGCAUGCCUGUUCCCUGCCAGCCAUCAACUCAUGUGUUCAGUUCUUGCGACCCUGCUUGCUGUGUGGUCUCCCCUUGCCAGCUCCUGCGCUGCCAACCAGCCCCUUCCAUGUCCUUCGCCUGCCAGCCGGUGGCUGAAUGCCAGGCCCCUUGUUCUGUAAAGAAUGCUUGCAAACCAGCUUCUCGUGGCACCGUGCUUCCUGGCCAAGCAACCUGUGGUGAACCCACUUCCUGCAACCAAAGUGGCCAAAAACCCUCUUCCUGCCAACCAGCCUGCUGUGUGACAGGUUUAGGCAAAUCGUCCAUUGGUGGCUCCACUUGCUUCCAGCCAACUCCUUCGCACCUCUGCAAAGCCGGCACCUGCUUGCCGACUUCCUGCCAACUCAGCCAAGGGCCCAGCUUCUGCAAGGCAACCCUUGGUUGA